ACCACAUUUUAUCGCAAAAUUGGUAAAAUGUGCUUUAUUUAGAAUAAAACAAUAGAAGUAAUUCAAUUUAUCUUUAUAUUUCGUUGGUUGCACUGCGUUUUGACACUUCUUCGUGACAGGUGUUUUGUGUACAAUAUUUGUUAUUUAUAGAAUGAUAGCUCACAAUCUAAAUUAGAAAAAGUGAAUAUGGCAAAUUCUAAUGAACCUGACGAAACGAACCUUCCCACUUUAUUUAACCAAGGUUUGGAUUUAUACAACUCAAUCUGCAACAGCAAUGAACCUACAAACAGCCCCCCAGUCCAGAGCAACGUAAAAAAGGCAAUGAGUCUUUUCGAGCAAGCCACUCGUUUGGUGUCAUUUGCCGGAAUUUUUAGCACCAAUGAAGGGAUUGAAGAAGUGGCAACAAACGACCUACAGUAUUUCCUCCUUCCAGCACUGCUAGGUUCCCUAAGUUUAAAAUUAACCAGUGGUGAACGUAAAGAAAUCAUAAACGUUGCCGAAAUUUACUUUAAGGAUUUUUUGAGCAGAUGCAACGAUUACGGUUUAAGUAACUACGACUUUACCGAAAAGAAGGAACAAAAGAAGCCACAGACUGAACUGGAGGAAAUCACAGUAUCGGUAAACACGAGGGCAAACAAAAUACAAAGGUACAAAGAACAAAAGGAGUUGAAGUCGAAACUCGCCGAUUUAAAAACGAACAUGGAAAAUGAGCAUGCUGAUGAAGAAAUCAAAAGGGACUACUUCCUAACUAUGCUCAAGUCCUUCAUCCAUGAAGCCGUAGACGAACUGAACAGCAUAGAAAUGGAAAAACCAAUACUGGAAUACAUGGCUAAUGUGAAAAAGGAUGAGAAGAAACCGGAGCCAAAAAGACCAGUAACCCCACUCAAGCCCAUAAUUAUCACAAAAGAUGAGGUCCAGAAGGCGGUUUUUGGCGCCGGAUAUCCUUCCUUGCCGACGAUGACGGUUCAAGAAUUUUAUGAUAAGAGGGUCAAAGACGGGAUUUUUCCUGACCCUACUAAACCACCAACUGGUCCCAUGAGCCUGCAGCAAGCUGCUUUGGCAGGGGUGGAGUUAAACUGCGAAGAGAAGGAAGCAGAAGAAAAGGAAAAAAUCGUCGAGAGUGACGAUCCAGAGUACAUUGAGAGAAUGCGGAGGAUGGAUGAGUUUAAGGACGAACACAGGAGGGGGUGGGGAAAUAGGGCGAAUAGGAGUUAGGCACGGAGUUAGUUAUUUGUAUUUUUAGAAUAAAUGUCUAAACUUUGGUUGUGACCUUUCAAAUAAACAAUUUUGCGUC